UUUAAAUUUGCGGUGUGACAUUUCGUUCACUGUAGAAGUAGAGGCCUCUUAUUUGCUUACCGCCAUUUUCAUCAUAAGCGGAGCGUGGUAUGCUCACAAUCAUCAGGCCAGGCCACACAAGGAGAUUUGCUUUACCGAUUUCUCUUUCCCUCCCUCUCUCUCUCUCUCUCUCUCUAUAUAUAUAUAUAUAUAUAUAUAUAUAUAUAUAUACAUACACACACAUAUAUUCCUCUCACUACAUCUCUCUCUCUAAGAUUGGAGCACGUAAAGAUGGAGGAAGUCGACGAAACUGAAGCAGUACCUCAGGUCUAUAUGGCUUGUGUUGUGCAUGGUCAUCGAGUUGGAGUUUCUUAUUAUGAUUCCAGUAUUCGCCAACUCUAUGUGAUGGAAGUUUGGGAAGAUGGUAGUGGGGAUUUCCCCCUGCUUGAUAUGGUAAAAUAUCAAGCCGUGCCCCUGAUCAUUUAUACAAGCACUAAAAGUGAAGAAUCCUUUUUGACUGCUUUACAACGACAUGAUGGAACAAGUGAGGGUCCUGCCGUGAAGCUUAUGAAAAGUUCAAUAUUCAGCUUUGAGCAAGCAUGGCACAGAUUGAUAUACCUCCGAGUAACAGGGAUGCAUGAUGGAUUAAACAUCAAGGAGAGAAUCUGUUUUUUGAGUUCUAUGAUGGACAUUGAAAGUGACGUGCAAGUUCGUGCAAGCGGGGGGCUAUUGGCCAUAUUAGAGAACGAAAGAAUUGUGGAUACUGUUGAACAAAAGGAAAGUGGGAAUGCAUCAAUCACAAUUGAUUCUGUCAUGGAGAUUUCACUAAACAAGUUUCUAAAAGUUGAUGCAACAGCUCAUGAGGCAUUGCAAAUAUUCCAAACAGACAAACAUCCAAGCCAUAUGGGCAUUGGCAGAGCAAAAGAAGGGUUCUCUGUGUUUGGGAUGAUGAAUAAGUGUGUAACCCCAAUGGGUAGACGUCUCUUGAGGAACUGGUUCCUGAGGCCUAUAUUGGACCUUGAGAAUUUGAAUAAUCGUCUCAAUGCUACUAAGAUAUCAUUCCUCCUUUGCUCUGAAGAACUCUUGGCUUCUUUACGUGAUACACUGAAGUCUGUAAAGGAUAUUCCCCACAUACUCAAGAAAUUCAACUCUCCAAGUUCAAUGUGUACAAGUGGUGACUGGACAGCUUUUUUGAAGAGCAUUUGCUCACUCUUGCAUGUGAACAAGAUAUUUGAAGUAGGCAUGUCAGAAAGUCUUCGAGAGCAAGUGAGGUAUUUGAACUUGGAUAUUGUUGAAAAGGCUGGUUCCUGCAUUUCAUCUGAUCUGGCCUAUGUCUAUGAAUUGGUGAUUGGUGUUGUUGACGUAAAUAGAAGUAAAGAGAAGGGUUACGGUACAAUGGUGAAAGAUGGUUUCUGUGAGGAGUUGGACGAGCUGAGGCAAAUAUAUGAGGAAUUGCCAGAAUUUCUGGAACAGGUUUCAUCAUUGGAACUUGAACGGCUUCCUAUUAUGACUGGAGAAAAUUUUGUUCCUUGUAUCGUUUAUAUACAUCAAAUAGGAUACUUGAUGUGCAUUUUUGAAGAAAAGCUUGAUGAAACUACUCUUGAGAAACUUCCAGAUUUUGAAUAUGCAUUCUCAGAUGAGGAUGCAGACACAAAAAAAUUCUUCUAUCGGACCUCAAAGACACGAGAAUUGGACAGCCUUCUUGGGGAUAUAUAUCAUAAAAUUCUAGACAUGGAGAGGGCAAUUACCGGGGACUUGGUGUCACAUAUUCUUUUGUUCUCAACACAUCUGAUCAAGGCUGUGAAUUUUACAGCUGAACUUGAUUGCUUUUUGUCAUUGGCAUUGGUUGCUCGUCAGAACAAUUAUGUGAGGCCAACUUUGACCACUGAAAACUUGCUUGACAUACGGAAUGGAAGACAUGUUUUGCAGGAAAUGACAGUAGACACAUACAUCCCCAACGAUACAAAGAUUCGUGAUGAUGGAAGGAUUAAUAUCAUUACCGGCCCUAAUUAUUCAGGGAAAAGUAUCUACAUAAAGCAGGUAGCUUUGAUUGUUUUCCUUUCCCACAUUGGAAGUUUUGUACCAGCGGAUGCUGCUAUUGUGGGUUUGACCGAUAGGAUAUUUUGUGCAAUGGGAAGCAAGCUUUUGACUGCAGAACAAUCAACAUUCAUGAUUGAUCUACAGCAAGUAGGAAUAAUGCUAAGGCAUGCAACUUCAGAGUCUUUAUGCUUAUUGGAUGAAUUUGGUAAAGGCACUCUUACGGAAGAUGGCAUCGGUCUCCUUGGUGGAACUAUAGAUCAUUUCGUUACAUGCUGUGAACCUCCAAAGGUUUUAGUUUGCACUCACUUGUCAGAGUUAUUUAAUGAUAGUUACUUACCAGAGUCAGAUAAAAUCAAGUAUUACACCAUGAGUGUGCUAAGACCUGAUAACAACUGUACAGAUAUUGAAGAUAUUGUAUUUCUAUACAGGCUUGUUCCUGGACAUGCACUUCUUAGCUACGGGCUGCACUGUGCACUACUUGCUGGUGUCCCAGAGGAAGUGAUAAGGAGAGCAGGACUUAUAUUGGAUACUAUUGGAAAUGAUAACCAUGUUGAGCGAUUGUGCAACGAGAAGAUAUCAGCUCAAGAUCAGCAAUACAAGGAUGUAGUUGAAAAGAUGUUGGCCUUGGACACUAUCAGGGGAAAUGUGAACCUCUUCUUCCAGGGUAUACUUCCCUCUUAAUUACUCUGUGAAAGCAUCACACAAGUGUCCUCGUAUUUUCCAAUUUAUCAAUUUCAUGUAUUCAGGAGUGCCAAUAUUGUAAUGAAAUUUAAAACCAAAGGUAAACAAAGUUACACUUCACUGUCAUGGCCUUUUUCUCCUCACUGGCUCAAUUAUCUAGUUUUAUCCGAAUGUUAACUC